AUGUCGAACCCGAACGCCUUGUUCCUGCUCGCCGAUCACAUCAAGCUCUCGCUGCUCGAGCGCAAACGGGCCCAGGCGUUGAACCUGCAGAGCGACUCACAGGACGGCCACCUCUCACGAUCACUGGACCAGUUCCGGGAUGGGCUGGAAGCACUACAGAACGAGCAGCAGCGGCUGCAGGAGGCUGGCGAUGAUGCCAAAGCCGCCUCCAUUGCCGACUCCCUCCCAGGCCUUCGGAAGCAAUUCGACGACCUGACGUCUCAGUUCCACGGCUUCUCUGCUCCGAGCACGAACUCGACCCUCACACACCCAAACGACCCGGCGCUCGCCGCCGACUUCGCCCACGCGAGCAACACCUCCACCAGCCCGCCCCUGCCCUCCUCGUCAAGCCUCCAUCCGCCAGCCAAGAAGUCCCUCCGCAACGGCGGCACCUCCACCCCAACAGGCAGCAGCAAGACGGUCCGGUUCCAGGACAACGCCGCCGCCUCCUCCUCUGCGGCGGCCCUCGACGACGAGGCAGCAGCAUCGGCCCGGCUCUUCAACCAACCGUACCGCGACGACCCGGACGGGCCCGAGGGCUACCGCGACACGGCGGAAGGGCUGGCGGACAACGUGCAGGUGCACGCGUACCACAGCCGGAUCCUGCGCGAGCAGGACGACCAGCUCGACCGCCUGGGCGAGUCCAUCAGCCGCCAGCGCGAGCUGAGCAUGCAGAUCGGCGACGAGCUCGACGACCAGGUCGCCCUGCUCGAGGACCAGGAGGCCCUCGUCGACCGCCACGCCUCGCGCCUCGACCGCGCCCGCCGCCAGGUCGGCAAGAUCGCGCGCUCCGCUGGCGAGAGCAAGCAGAUGAUUGCCAUCAUUGUCCUCAUCGUCAUCCUGGUGCUGCUCAUUGCGGUGCUGAAGUGA